CCCUUCUUCCACUGCACGGCGAGAACGGAGGCAAAAAAAGAGAGGGAACCCCUGCUCGAUAGAUCUCUGGAUCGAUCUAUCGUUCUUUCUUUCUAUCGUUGCCGGUUUGCCGAUCCCUCGAGGGUAUGAGCUGGUUCGAUAAGCUCCGUCGCUUGUCGGAUGCGAGCCGAUUUAUGGACGGCCUCAUGAUCUUUGUCCUCCAUCUCUCGAUUCCUAUACGUUCGAAUCUUUCCUUAAAUCCCAUACAAUCUUAAUCGGCGUUCGGGAGAUUCGUAUCGCCUUCUUUGAUUUCCAGGAUGGAGCCCAAGACCCUCUCAGGCCGCGACAAUUUCGCCAUCAGCGGUAUUUUUCUCUCACACAUUGAGAGGCAACAAUCUUCCCCACCUUCAGUCAUUGUGAUUGGUGGAGGCAUUUCAGGGAUCGCAGCUGCACGUGCAUUGACUAAUGCUUCAUUUAAGGUUAUUUUGUUAGAGUCGCGUAAUCGGCUUGGUGGCCGAGUGCAUACUGACUAUUCUUUUGGCUGUCCUGUUGACAUGGGGGCAUCAUGGCUGCAUGGUGUUUGCAAUGAAAAUUCUCUGGCACCAUUUAUUCGUGGUCUAGGCCUAAGAUUAUACCGCACUAGUGGUGACAACUCAGUGUUGUAUGACCAUGAUUUGGAGAGCUACGCACUCUUUGAUAUGAAUGGUCACCAAGUCCCUCAACAGCUGGUAAUUACAGUUGGAGAAAAGUUUGAGAGAAUUCUCAAAGAGACAGCGAAGAUAAGGGACGAACAUGCUGAGGACAUGUCCUUGCUCCAAGCUAUUUCUAUUGUUUUGGACAGAAAUCCAGAUCUUAGGCAAGAGGGGCUAGCACAUGAAGUGUUGCAAUGGUAUAUAUGCAGAAUGGAGGCAUGGUUUGCUGCAGAUGUGGAUGCUAUAUCUUUGAAAAGCUGGGAUCAGGAGCAUGUUCUUUCUGGUGGCCAUGGACUUAUGGUGCAAGGAUACUAUCCUGUUAUCAAGGCUCUUGCAAAAGAUCUGGAUAUCAAACUGAACCACAGGGUGAAAAAAAUUGUCCAGCGCUGUAAUAAAGUAAUGGUCACCAUUGAGGAUGGCACAAAUUUUGUAGCUGAUGCGGCUAUUAUCACUGUUCCUCUCGGGGUUCUUAAAGCAAAUAUGAUCAAAUUUGAGCCUAAGCUCCCAGAGUGGAAAGUCUCGGCUAUCUCUGAUCUUGGUGUUGGCAAUGAGAACAAGAUAGCUCUUCGGUUUAGUACUGUUUUUUGGCCUAAUGUAGAAGUUCUAGGAAUGGUCGCUCAAACAUCUUAUGCCUGUGGCUACUUUCUCAAUCUCCACAAGGCAACAGGACAUCCUAUUCUUGUGUACAUGGCUGCUGGAAGGGGGGCUUAUGAUAUUGAGAAACUAUCUGACGAAGAAGCUGUUAAAUUUGUGAUGCUACAACUUCAGAAAAUGCUACCAGAUGCCACAGAGCCGGUUCAAUAUUUAGUUUCUCGGUGGGGCACCGACCCAGAUUCCCUUGGGUCCUAUUCUUGCGACUUGGUUGAGAAGCCAGCCGACUUAUAUGAGAGAUUUCGUGCUCCUGUGGAUAAUUUAUAUUUUGCUGGAGAAGCAGCAAGUGCUGAUCAUUCUGGGUCCGUCCAUGGAGCUUACACAUCAGGUAUCAUAGCUGCAGAGGACUGCCGAAGGCAUCUAUUACUGCUGCAUGGUAUCUCAGAUCUCUUCCAGGUUGUAUUAAGGGAGGAAAUGACUGAAGCCAUGUUCCCCCUCCAAAUAUCUAGGAUAUAGUUGCUUAUUUUGCUGGAUCAAUAACAAAGAACAGUAGACUAUCUGGAAACCAAUGGAAGUAUAGUUUUUUUUGGACGUCUUGCUAAUAGUGGAUUCAUUAUCAGUAAGCUUGUUAGAUCUGGUUCCUGUUGAUAAUAGUCUUAUACUAUUUUUGGGACUUCUUAAUGCUA